AUGCCUCCAUGGACACCAGAAUAUGUCUCUCCUCCAGAAGAUAAUCCAAAAGGUAGAACUUAUUUUAAUUGGAGUGAUGAACGGCUACAAAAAUGGAAAGACGAUGCUAUCAAAAUGCAAGAUGCUCACGUGAAGGAUAAUAAUCGUACAGAAUGGUUUGCCUAUGAACCUGCAGAUGGAGGUGAUCUGGAGUUAAGAAUUGCAGUGACAAUUUACGGUGUUAGAACGCCAGAGAAAGGCACUAAAGCAACUCCCUCGUCGCCUCUUAAUAGUUAUGAACGUGGUGAAAGACUUCAGGUUCGCAAACUAAAGAAAAAACUUAUCAAACAUUCAAAUAGUUCUGAAAAAAUCCUCAUGAGUGUUAUUUAUAUAUCAACUGCAA